AUGGCGAACUCGUGUGCAGCAUUUCUUCAUCCUUCUGCUAUCUGCAAAGCUUUGCUUGUCUUCAUUUCUGUCACUGCAGUUCGUGCUGCAGAUGCUGGGGGCCAAGGUCAUUGUCCUCAUUUCUCCUGUGGUGAUCUUCACAACAUAUCCUACCCUUUCCGUAGGCCAGGCGAUCCACCAGAGUGCGGUGUAAAAGCAUACGAGCUGGUCUGUAUCCACGGCAAAUCCACUAUUCGCAUCAACACGGGGACAUAUUUUGUCACCAGCAUCAACUAUACCGCUCACUCUUUCCGGGUUGUGGACGCCAACUUGGAUAUGCACAGCAGCUGCCCUCUUCCUCGCUGGGAUCAGUUUCCUUACACUUACACUUGGGGAUCGUCGUACUGGAGAAGUGGUCAGGCCUUACAUGACAUGUUUCCUAACAGUUAUACGAGCUGGUAUGUAUUCCAUUCUGAUUUAGGCCUUGUUGACGAUGAUUGGGCAUGCUUCAUUAAUUGUUCACAAUCAAUAACAAAUAGUAGCCGCUACAAGCCCGUCAAUUGCCUGAGUGCGAACAAUUCCUUUGUUUAUGUCAUGAUUUCUGUUUCUGGCUAUUGUAUAGUCAGCUCUCUUGGACCUUCUUGUGGAUACUUGGCCAUGAUCCCCAUUGGUAGCUCGCGUACUAACACAUCCAAAAAUUUAGAGAAUACCAAUUAUACAGAUAUCAUAGAAUAUGUAAGGAAGGGAUUUUCUGUUCGAUUUCCUGUGGACGAUUAUUUAUCAGGCGGAGUCUGGAAUACUUCUUGGAUAUUGGAAGCAUGCCGAAAUAAUUCAGCCAGGUGA